AGGGUGGACGAGGCUGACUGAAGAACUUAAUCGUCACUAGAGAGGUGAUGCUCUCACACUCGUUGAGGUGAAUGACAACUAAGAGGAUGAAACGCUGGGCACAGAGCGGCGGAAAGCUCAUUUCAGAGAGACUCAAGUAGGCUGCACCAAACUUCACCUUACCCGCUGAGUAAACGCUCUGUGGGUUUGAAGUUUACGGAACCUUCAGCACCGAGUGCCGCACACACAUUACUGCAUUACAGCACAUCACAUCUGGAGCUGCGAGCAGGUCUGACCUGGACUACAUAACACUCACUGUUUACGCCUGGCUAAAUAAAACCACGAGGAAAGAAUCCUGUGCCCUCCCACAUGGAAGAGGAUAAGCCGCCUAACGUUAGCUGCUGGGUUGUUGCCGAGCCAGCUACCUUUUUAUAGUAGGCGAACGCGCGCUGCUAGCGAGCUGCUAACAGUUGGGACAUUGCGUUUCUCUGGCUGCUAAACACCGACGCCGACCUCCCUCAGGAUGUGCAGGAGCUAGCUUAGUUGGAAAUGUGCCAAACGAAUGGACAUGCCUCACAAAUAGUCCUCUAGAAAAGCCCCUUUUACAGUACAGGUUUGAGGGAUGAACGCAGCUCCAGCUCUCUGACGCCCCUGAGCUAGGGCCUGCUUGGUGGAUUCCACCUGACCCAGCGGUACAUUCGCUUCACUCCAUACCCAACAUGCUGAUCAAAGAGUACCGCAUCCCCAUGCCAAUGAGCGUGGAGGAGUACCGCAUCGCCCAGCUCUACAUGAUCCAGAAAAAGAGCCGUGAGGAGAGUGAGGGUGAGGGCAGCGGCGUGGAGAUCCUGGAGAACCGGCCCUAUACGGACGGGCCCGGUGGCUCGGGCCAGUACACACACAAAGUUUAUCACAUCGGCCAGCACAUCCCCAGCUGGUUCCGCUCCAUCCUGCCCAAAGCAGCUCUGCGGGUGGAGGAAGAGUCCUGGAAUGCCUAUCCUUACACUCGCACACGCUACACCUGUCCUUUUGUGGAGAAGUUCUCAAUUGACAUCGAGACGUAUUACAAGCCCGACACAGGGACCCAGAAUGACGUCUUUAAUUUGUCCUCAGCAGAGAAGAGGCAGAGAGAUAUUGACCCUAUAGACAUUGUGAAAGAUUUCAUGGCCCCUCAUGAGUACCUGGCUGAGGAGGACCCUAAGCUGUACAAGUCAAUGAAGACCCAGCGGGGACCCUUAUCAGACGACUGGAUUGAGGAGAUCAACACCAGCCCUGGGAAGAUGCCCGUCAUGUGCGCCUAUAAGCUGUGCAAAGUGGAGUUCCGUUACUGGGGGAUGCAGUCCAAGAUCGAGCGCUUCAUUCAUGAUGUGGGUCUAAGGAAAGUGAUGGUACGUGCGCACCGGCAGGCCUGGUGCUGGCAGGAUGAGUGGUACGGCCUGACUAUGGAGGACAUCCGGCAGCUGGAGCUGGAGACCCAGCUGGCUCUGGCUAAGAAGAUGGCUCAGUUCAGCUGCAACGAGGAGGGCGGCGAAAGCAACGGUGUUGCUGCUAGUCCGGAUAAAGAGCAGGAUGCCAAGGAGGCCAUCAGUGCCAUGGAGACGGAGGGUCCGGCCCGGAGCCUGGGAGACACCCUGCAGACUCGAGGGGAACUGACCAAGCAGUGGUCCACCUCCUCCAGAUCUUCCAGGUCUUCAAAAAGAGGAGGAAGCCCCUCACGCCACAGUAUUUCCGAAUGGCGCAUGCAGAGCAUCGCCCGCGACUCGGACGACAGCACAGACGAUGAGUUCUUCGACGCUCAUGAGGACCUCUCUGACAGUGAGGAGAUAUUUUCCAAGGAGAUCACCAAAUGGAGCUCAAAUGACCUGAUGGACAAAAUUGAGACGGCGGAGGCGGAUGAGUCUCAGAGUGACUUGUACCAUGAAUCUGGGGUUGAGUAUUCUGAGACUGGCAAUGUGGAACGACUUAAUGAGGACUGCUCCGCUCAACAGGGCCUGCAGGCCUCCAAGAUCCAUGUGCUGCUCCUGGUCCUGCACGGAGGGAACAUCCUGGACACGGGGGGAGGUGACCAGAGCAGUAAGCAGGGUGAUGUGAACACCAUCACCUCGGCAUUUGAGACAGUGAUGCGUGUCCACUACCCAGCAGCGCUGGGCCACAUCGCCAUCCGUCUGGUGCCGUGCCCCGCUGUGUGUGUGGAGGCGUUCUCCCUCGUGUCAAAUUUGAGUCCAUACAGCUAUGAUGCGGGCUGCCUCUCUAAUAGCCAGGACCACAUCCCUCUGGCUGCACUGCCCCUGUUGGCUACGUCUGCUCCCCAGUACCAGGAUGCUGUGGCAGCAGUGAUAGUGCGAGCCAAUCAGGUCUAUGGAGAUUUCAUCAAAUCGUUGGAAGGGGCCACAUUCUCUGGCCAGGUGUGUCUAAUAGGGGACUGUGUUGGAGGAAUCCUGGGGUUUGAUGCCCUCUGCAGCAGCAACGUCACUGUCUCAGAGAGCCAGAACAGCAGCAGGAGGGGGAGUAUAGUCAGUGUACAGGACAAUGACCUGCUUUCACCAGGCAUCAUCAUCAACAGCAGCCACUGCUCAGCCUCGGGGUCGGGCCUGUCUCUGGAAAGCAGCCGUCACCUAAGCCGCAGCAACAUCGACAUUCCACGCUCCAGCGGCGCUGAUGACCCCAAGAAGCAGCUUCCACGCAAGCGCAGCGACUCCUCCACCUACGAGCUGGACACCAUCAAGCAGCAUCAGGCCUUUCUGUCCAGUUUGCACUCCAGUGUACUGAGGAAUGAUCCUGGCUCUCGGAGGUCCAGUAACAGCACUAUGCUGGAAGGUGGUGGUGCUUUGGGCAAGUUUGAUUUUGAGGUGUCCGAUUUCUUCCUAUUCGGCUCUCCGCUUGGCCUGGUCCUGGCUCUGAGGAAAACUGUGGUUCCUUCUCUAGAUGUGGCUCACCUUCGUCCAGCCUGCCAGCAGGUGUAUAACCUGUUCCACCCUGCAGACCCAUCAGCCUCACGUCUGGAGCCCCUUUUGGAGAAAAAGUUCCACCUGCUGGCCCCCUUCAGUGUGCCCCGCUACCAGCGUUUCCCUUUGGGAGACGGACACUCAGCACUGCUGGUGGAGACCCUCCAGAGCAACCCUCACCUCUUGCUGGAGUGUGGAGGCAGCGCACCCCGCUGCCAUGAUGGCCUGGGCGAGACAUCCAUCCCCGUGCCCGUGCUCAACUGGCAGGCCGCGCCAGCCACACCUGAGUCGGACGUAAUCCACUCUCAUGGGGGGAUGUUCGUAGAGAACUCAUACCCUUCGUCUCCUGCCUCAGCCCCUGCAAACCGUGGACCCCGAAGAGCCAGUGAGGUCAGCAUCGCCAGCCAGGUCUCAGGACUGGCAGACAGCUACACUGCCUCCAACAUUGCCAACACACAAGCAUGCCAUCUUAAUCAGUCCAAAAAGCUUAGCCUUUUGUCCCAACUGGCUCUCCCUUAUAACAAAAUGUCCUCAAGAAGCCCAUCCCCGAAAGUCCGCCACAGGUUGCUCAAUAUCAGAGCGGCAGGGUCAGAGGACACAUGCUGCUCGGAUGACCUCGAGCGCAGCAGCAGCCCUUUGGGGUUUGAACCUGCCCCUCCCCUCAGCUCCAGCCCUCCGUCACUGAGCAUGCAGCUGGACAUAGAGCAAGUUGCUGCUCGUUGGUGGGGCACCAAGCGCAUUGACUUUGCCCUGUACUGCCCAGACGCCUUGACUGCCUUUCCCACUGUCGCUCUACCUCACCUAUUUCACGCAUCCUACUGGGAGUCCACUGACGUUGUGUCUUUUUUGCUCAGACAGGUAAUGAGGCAUGAGAAUUCUAGUAUUUUGGAGCUGGAUGGGAAGGAGGUGUCAGAGUUCACACCCUCUAAACCACGGGAGAAGUGGCUGAGGAAGAGAACACACGUUAAGAUCAGGAACGUCACAGCCAACCAUCGUGUGAACGAUGCGGUCUUCACUGAGGAUGGCAUGCAGAUGGUCACUGGCCGCUUCAUGUAUGGCCCACUGGAUAUGGUCACUCUAACAGGAGAAAAGGUCGAUAUCCAUAUAAUGACCCAGCCCCCUUCAGGCGAAUGGGUGUACUUCGACACAGAGCUGACCAAUAGCAGUGGCCGUGUCUCCUAUGUGAUCCCAGAGAGCAAGCGCCUGGGGAUCGGGGUGUACCCUGUCAAAAUGGUGGUCAGAGGUGACCACACAUCAGCAGACAGCUACCUGACCGUGCUGCCACGUGGGACAGAGUUUGUUGUGUUCAGCAUCGAUGGCUCAUUUGCUGCUAGCGUGUCCAUCAUGGGCAGUGACCCUAAAGUGAGAGCAGGAGCAGUGGAUGUGGUCAGGCACUGGCAGGAUUUAGGCUACCUGAUCGUGUAUGUGACAGGCCGUCCAGACAUGCAGAAGCAGCGAGUGGUGGCCUGGCUCUCCCAACACAACUUUCCCCACGGUAUUGUCUCCUUCUGUGAUGGCCUGGUGCACGACCCUCUCCGACACAAAGCCAACUUCCUCAAAUCCCUCAUCUGUGAGGCGCAUAUGAAAAUAUUUGCUGCAUAUGGCUCCACAAAGGACAUUUCUGUGUACACUUCACUUGGCCUGCCUCCGUCUCAGAUCUACAUUGUUGGUAGACCAACAAAGAAAAUGCAGCACCAGUGUCAGUUUAUCUCUGACGGUUAUGCGUCUCACCUGUCCCAGCUGGAGUACAGUCAGCGCUCACGACCUGCCAAGGCGGGCAGCACCCGCAUGGUGCUGCGUAAGGGCAGCUUUGGCCUUGGUGGUGGCGGCGAUUUUCUGCGCAAGCGCAACCACCUGCUGCGCACCAUCUCCUCCCAGCCAGCCCCCUCUGCUUCAGCCACGCCCUCUGCCCAGACAGGUCGGCCCGAGAGAGCACAAAGCCAAUCAGAGUUUGACCGGGAUCGAGCAGAGCGUGCCCAGAGGAGCAUGAGCAUCGCAGCUGGCUGCUGGGGGCGAUCUGGGAGGCUGGAGGGAGGCGCACUGAGCCCCAAGUAGCCCUCCUUGACCUGGGUUAAGCACCAACUGGAGCUUAGACUGGACCUCUGCAGACCCUUGAACAGAAGGUGGGGAAUCAGGGUUGGGUAGGUUCGGAGGGAAGGGUGGAUUGAGAAAAAGAAAAAAGGGCAAGCCAUGUGAAAUGGGCUAAAAUGGGGACUCCGUAAGGAAUGGAACAGCUUUUUCUUAUGUAGCAUGAGUGGCACUGGGGAGGAGGUUUUGUUUCAUUGGCAUCUCACAAAACAAGAAAUAUCAUGCCUUAAAGCAUCGCUCUGGGUCAUGGAACGCCAGCCCUUGCCUCUCCAUUUGAUUGAAUGUACUGUUUGCACCUACGCUGGAUGGGGUAAAUGGAGUAUGGACUCUUUCACAAUGAAUCCAUUCUUCAGGAAUGUUGCAAAGUUCUCCCAGCUUGGAGUCUACCAACAUUUUCCAUCUGUAAAUAUGUGCCUCCCUCUCACGUGCUCAGGGCAGCCAUGGACAGAUGAGCCAGCCAUGGUCAAUCCCAGAAGCCACUUCUAUUAGCCACACUCUCCCCUCUUUGCCAAUUUGUCCUUCUUUCUCUCUCUCUCUGUCCUCUCUCUUUACAGAGCUAUCCCUUCCUGGAGGUUCUUGUCAAAAGCCCUGCAGCGUUUGGCAAUAAGGACUGAAGUUGAAACCCCACCAUGUUGUAACUUGUGUUUAGCAUGGCCUACAGGUCAUCAGAGGCCUUAACUUCUCAACAAUGUAUUACCACACAAGCAUUAAAGAGAUACAGAGUGAGCACUGCUCUCGGGCUAAAACCAAGGACACUGGCUUUUUUGUGACUCUCAAUAUGUACUUGGCAACAAUCCCUUUAUCUGGCCAUCUGCUUGCAAUACCUCUUGGACACCACUAGGGGGUGGUCACCACUCCUGUAAACUCUUCAGGCAUGUUUGUGCUGGCUUUCCCAUCUCCCUGGUGCAGCAUGCCGUUACACAGCCAAGUAAAGAUCCUUCUGAGCCUCCACACCGCUUUCCUCGGAAUUCUUAUACUUCUUCCCCUGGUCUGAUGCUUUUCUCAUUCUUCAGUCACGGCCCUUCGGUCAAACAGAUCCAAGAUGAUAAGCAAAGCCGUAUAAAGAGCUGCCUGUGGACAUCGAGACAAGGCCGAGACAACAAACACAGGACAAAUCUCUUUUUUUCCCAGCCAGUGAAAGACAGUGGUUAAUUGUCUCUCGCCAAUUUCCGCACCUCUACUGCUUUUAUUCACGGGGAAAUCAUGGAGUACAACUGGCGACACUUGAUCCAAACCAAUGGCCAAAACCAUUUCUUUUUCUGAAGCUGUAGUUACUCAACUGUACAACCUCAUUGUUAUUUUUUGCACUAGUCAGUAGUGGAGAACCUUGUUACCAUCUCAUGUUGCUACAUAUUGUUAUCUUGUAGUGCAUGAUACUUAAUCAUUUAUGGCAGGGUUUAAGUGCGUGUGCACAUGUUAGUAUAUAUCUCCAAUGUCAGGAUUAAACAUGUCAAAAAUGUGCCAAAAAUAGGCAGAUCAUAGGAACUGAAAAAAGGCAUAGGCUGUAUCCAAUGUUUCCUUUGUAUUGUACUACUGAGUAUUUGAGCUGA